AUGAAGGUAAUAUCUUCUGCGGGAAAACAUGAGUUUUCUUUGGAUGUUAAAACUGUUAUUGGGUUCCAAGGGUGUGAAGAGGAUGUGAAAAUCAUUUCAACUGUAAUUGGAAUUGAGAGUGGAUAUAUUGGCUCUAACAAGAGCAAGGCAGAGGAGCUAGCUGAGGUUAAAAAAAUGAUAAAAACCCCUGAUUUUUUCAACAAGCUUGUUGAUAGUAUGGCCCCUACUGUUUUUGCUCAUCAAUACAUCAAGCGAGCAAUUCUGCUUAUGCUUUUGGGUGGAGUUCAUAAGUUCACCCAUGAAGGGAUCAAUAUCCGGGGGGGGGGGGGGGGGGCAUUAAUGUUUGUAUUGUUUGAGAUCCAAAUUGUGCUAAAUCUUAGUUUCUCAAGGCUUAAGGCUUUAAGAGUACUCAAUUUGGGAUUCAAUGAUAUUGCAGAUGCUGUUUUGGUUGCUAUUAGUGCCAUUGGAGAUAAGGCCAAUGACUUGAUCUUGGAUAUGUAUAAAUCAGUUGUGUCAACAUUUGAGUCAUGGAAGUGCAACCAAGUUUGGUGA